ACGAAACACACCCCUUUUGUGGAAAAGCCACAUUUACAUUAUUGGGAGUAGGGAAAGGCUCUUCACUUACUGAUGAAAUACAGAUGGCGUCUCCAUGGAGUGCAUGCCUGUUGUUCGUGCACGUACAAGCGCAUGCAUGUUCGCAUAUAAAAAGUGUCAGCUCAGUGCCUUUGUUGCUAAAUUGAAGCGAAAAGCAACAAGAGACAAACCAUCGAAUGUGUUGGAUGUUACUCAGCUGCCUUCGAGGAAACUCGUUCUGUCAUUCGUAACAGCUUCUGGUUGUCUUGCUCUAAUGGCUGAAUGGAGCUGGGUGGCCUACACAGUACUGGAAGUGCUUAUUGCUGCAGCAUGUUGCUUUGGUAACGUGUUGGUGAUGUGUGCUGUGUGUUUCGGUAUCCGGGAUUCCCUUCGGGAACCAACAUUCUGCUUCCUCGUGUCCUUGGCAGUGGCUGACUUCCUUGUGGGUGUGGCCGCUGUGCCCCUUGCAGUAUUAUUGGAUGGCUGGGUGAGUCUAAUCCCCGAGUUGUGCCUGCUUCUCAGCUGUGUUGUGCUGGUGUUGACGCAGGCAUCUGUGCUGUCACUGCUAGCAAUUGCUGUGGACCGAUACCUGCGGUUGCACACACCACUCAGAUACAAAGCCUUGGCCACACAAAGGCACACAUGGAUCGGCGUGUCUGUUUGCUGGAUGCUUUCAUGUCUCCUUGGCUUCACUCCUCUAUUCGGCUGGCACAAUUACUCCUCCCCAGCAUCUGAUUCUACCAACACAUCUUCCACUUCUUUCAUCCGUCCGCCGUGCACUUUCCUCUCAGUUAUCUCCCUCCCUUUCAUGGUCUACUUCAACUUUCUCGGAUGUGUCAUGGCACCCCUGCUGGUCAUGACCCUCCUCUACACUCGAAUCUUUUGGAGCCUACAGGGACAUCUAAAGGACAGCUGCCCUCAGUCCCGGGCCUCUCUGCUCAGGGAGAAGAGGCUGGCCUGCUCCCUGGCUCUCGUCCUCAUCUUGUUUGCUGGCUGCUGGAUUCCUCUCCACCUGAUGAACUGUCUGCUGUUGUUUCAAGGCCCUCAGGCUGUCACACAGGGAACGCUCUAUACAGGUAUUCUCCUGUCUCACGCCAACUCAGCAGUCAACCCUGUGAUCUAUGCCUGUCGCAUUCCAAAGAUCCAGCAGGCCUACGGUCAAUUAUGGAGGCGCUUCCUUGCGUGGUUAAACUGUUGCCAUCGGGAAAAAGCAGGUUCGCAGGUCAUUAACAUGCAGCUGAGCCAUUAACAUACACAUCUGGAUAAAGAUGGAAAAGCAGUCUCCAAUAAGGGGCCUUUUGGACUUUGUCAGGAAGUUUGUAUCUGCUCAUAGAGUCUGUGUUCAACCAUCAUGUAAAGCUUUAUUAAAGCGAAUCACAUAGACUGGGGAAAGAAGCCAGUUGAGUGUAAUUUCCAUUUAUGGAUAUUUGUGCAAACUUUAUUCUACAGAUAGCAAUUUCCUGUGUCUCCACUAGAGGGCGGCACACACUAACCAUCGGCACAGCUCCUGUUCGACGACAAUCACAACUGCAGUGUGUGACAAAUAAUUUCAAGCUGCCAUUCACUGAUUUUUGGACAACUUAUUUAAGACAAAUGUGACUUUAUUAAAAUGUACAUCUUUUAAAAGCACAUAAGUUAACACUUCCAGUCAAUUCAACACUAAUCAUGCUGCGUGUCUUCCUCCUCCUUUUUUAUUAUAUCUGGCAGUAAACGUCAUACUUGA